AUGAUCUGCUGUCAGCUGGUGGAUUUCAGCUCCCGACCCCCCUCCCCGCCACCCGUCAACCCCCAGUGUGGCGAGAGGAACGACGUGGGCGUCGGCAGCACCAUCCUUGGCUUUGAGCCAGUGGUAACACUUACUCCUUCCCUUGCUCCCUACCAUUAUCCUCGAAACAAAAGCUACACUGCUGACCACCUGAAGGUUCAUCUCGGGGAGUGGAACUUGGCGGGGAAGACGGAGGCGGUGCCCCACCAGGAGAUUCAAGUGAAGGAGGUGCUGUUCCACCCCGGCUACCACAAGGUGAAGCAACACUACGACGUGGCGCUGCUGGUGCUGGACCAACCCGCGGUGCUCGGCGCCACUGUUAACACCAUCUGCCUUCCGUCCAAACUUCAGGACUACGUGAGCGAUGAUUGCGUCGUCUCCGGCUGGGGCAAAACGGAUUUCAAUAAGAAAGCCAAGUUCCAGAGGGUGAUGAAGAAGGUGUCGCUGCCCGUGGUGGACCACGCCCAGUGCCAGGCCGCCCUGCAGGGCACGCGGCUGGGGCCUCGCUUCACCCUGCACGACAGCUUCCUCUGCGCCGGGGGGCAGAAGGAGGGUCAGGACGCCUGCACGGGGGACGGCGGCUCCCCCCUGGCGUGUCGCCUGCAGAGUGACGCCCGACGCUACGUGCAGGUGGGCGUGGUGGCGUGGGGCAUCGGGUGUGGGACCCUCGGCGUGCCGGGGGUGUACGCAGACGUGCUGAAGGCGCGGCCCUGGAUGGACCAGGUUAUCAACGAUCAUUUUUCAAACGCUGGGGGGAUGAGUGUAAAAUUUGACCUGCGAAUUUCAACAGUUUCGUAAUGCUAAGAACCAUGUAUUCACCUUUUUUCUAUUUAGCGUUUGUCAAUAUGAAUAAAUGUUGUUUUAUGUGGUAUACUUUUUAUGUCAACUUCUUUGUGACAUUUGAACGUUUGAACAUUUUCGCAGCCACUCUACAGCACAUUUGUUUUAACAUUUUGACAUAAUCAUUGUUCAGUAUUACCGUUUUUUGUGUGUGUGUGUGGGGGGGGGGGGGGGCACCGAACCCUGCCGGCUAAUCCUCCGUAACGACACCCUUCAGUAUUGUUGUGUAAAGCCUCCAGAUCCUGUUACCUUCGAUUACGAGUUGCCAUUCUUUGCUCCCCCUACAGUUCACUUUUGUUUUGUUUCUCCGUCUGUUCGUCAGGCAUACUCUGAUUUCUUAUGCGUUUUUUUAAAUAAAGAAAUAUGUAUCUUC